AUGUCUACUACAUCGAAUCGAUCUACCCUGCUUCAAAACGUACUAUCACACCUACAGUCUGUGAAUGUCACCCUCUCCGAGCUGCUAAGCUUCGUGGUGGUCCAUAAUCAGUUCAAUCGCCCAAACGACAUACUCUUCCAAGACCUCGUUGCCAAUACCCGAGUUAUCCACGCCGCUCUGUAUCACAACUCCGCGACGGCGUCGUCAAGUUUGGCAUGGGCCCAGGACAUCACGCGUGCGCAUCACUCCGGCGCCGUCUCCCAACUGACCAGUGUGUCGCAUGGGUGGCAUUUCGGGGCGAUGCAAGCAGAUCCGAUGCAGAUUCAAGACUUCCAGCUGGACGAUAUGGCCGAUGAUCUCGAGAGGAGCGCUCCGGACCUCUGGGCCCUCGUGAUUGGCUUGCUAGGAGGCCAGACACAGGCGGAGCCGGCACGUCCUGCCGCGCACCCCGCCGCGCAGUCGGGAGGAAGAGCGCCGUUUUGGGAUGACCCGGAGGACGAUGAGUAUUGGGAUGGGGAUGAUGCACUCGAUGUCGCAGGUGGCGGACAGCCGCCGAGCAGGCCGGUCAAUGACGUUGAUAAACGGCGGAGAAGGCGCGGCCUGUUGUCUCGGGUGAAAGCUGUGGUAAUAAUUAGUAUCCUGAUGCACAGUCGAGACCAGCGCUGCAACGCCUUACAAUGCCUUACCGGGAUUUUCCUGCACUCUUGCGGUGCCCCCGAGAAGCUAGUCAAGGUCCUCUCACGAAUGGGAAUCUCCAUCGCACUCUCGUCCAUUCACCGCGCCAUCAAAUCACUGACUGAGCACGGCUCGGAAGACGUGCGAGUCUUGGCGCAGACACUCCGCGCGUCGUAUGCUUUCGACAAUCUCGAUUUCAAGGUACCUUCGGGGAUCCCCACGGUGGAGAAGCCGUCAGAUGGUCUGAUACACAUCGCCACCGGGACCCUCCUCCGCCUCGAGCAUGGCGUCCAGCGGGAGGACCUGAGGUGUUCUGCCAAGCUAUGGGACCGAAAUCCAUCAAAUCCCCAGGCUAGCGACCCGCGUCCGUAUAACCCCCGCGCUACAAUGCGCCAUCUAUUCACACUCCAUCCCGAACCGGAUGUCGCGGAAGGAGGCUUGAGCCGGCGAGGUCGAUUCCGGGCGUGGUUCGUCGCGCGCACUCUGAUGACGCACGGUCCUGCUCCAUUCGCAUACUAUCGUAGUCAACUCAGUGACCCCGAGCCAAUCGAGACGAUCCCUGUUGUGAAGCUGCAUCAGAAGCCACUUGGCGCGAUGGAUAUCAGUCUGUCUACGAUAUCCGGAAACCUCGAGGCACUCGGUUCAAUGUACGCGCAGGGAGGGGUGGGCGACCCGCACAAAGAUCCUGCUAUGCCCGACGAGACGAUCGAGGACCUCGCGGAAUACGUCACCCUCAUCCAUGGCGACUUGGGCACUUACGAGAAGGUCCUGUCCGCGUUGCGUCGUCGGAUCCAGGAAAGGACGCCGUAUGAUCGUCUUCAGGCCGUCGUGUUUGUCUUGGGUCUAUUCCACCUGAAGAUGGCGUCCGCCGAUGCGAUUUGGCGCAUCCUAGUCACCCCUGAGGGCGCGCGCGUGGACAAUACGAGCUUCAUCAAACUCGUCGGGCAGCUGCGGCCUGACGCGUCCUCGCGGCUCACUUCGAACGCGAAAUAUCGCGACCGGCAUGAUUUGAUCGCGCACGUUGCAGCGAUGCUGAUUCUCGAUGCGUGGGGUGUCGAGGUCAAGAGACGGUGGGGAUACGAGACACUGGACGCGUGGGCGGAGACGAAGCCUAGCUUGGCGAAUAUCGAGGAGGUCGCCGAGUGUAUCGCACUCCAGUAUAUCGAAGGAGACGGGCAGGAUCUCUACGGGAAACAAGAGGAGGCAGCGGGUCAGCGCGACAAGGUCAGGGAGAACACUCUGCGUACCUUGAACUACCUCCUGCUCUACGAGGAGCUCUCCUACGCUAUGAACGCGGGCUGCAUCGGGCGCGUGGAGACACUCUUCCCUAGCUGGAUUCAAAUAUUCAGAGCUGUGGGAAAACAUAAGUAUGCAAACCAUAUGUUGCGCUUUAUGCACGCGCUGUACUUCGUGUAUCCUGAGGAGCUGCGGUGA